AUGAUUGCCAAUGCCAACGUUCCCAGUCUCAAGGUCAAGGUCCGCGGUGAGGAGAUUAGGCCCCCGGUUGCUCUGGACGAGUUCCCCACCAUCAUCAACAACUUCUUCAACGGUCCUACUCUUGGUGGCCUGAAGUGCAAGAUCAUCAACGCUCUCGGUGGAGACUACAACAACGCUGCUGAUCAGGGUUAUGGCAACGCCUCGUCUCCCACUCCGGUGAGCAGCAAUGUUGUGCAUGUUGGGACCACCACCUCGACCGUCACUGCUGUGCGGGCCCAGUCCACCUCCAGCAACGUCCCUGACUCGGUUGUGCCGUCGUCAUCGUCUGUCAUGUCAUCUGUUGCGGUCACCACUUUGCCCAUCGCACAGUCUCCCAGCUCCGAUGUCAAGCCCGUCGAGAGCACCACCUCGCUCGCUGCGGACACCUACACUCCUUCACCUUCCGUCAAGACCAGCACCACGUCGUCUGUUGAGGCUGUCGAUGUCACGUCCUCCACGACCACUGCCCCGGUCCAGGCUACCCCCAGCACUGCCGUCGUACCUGCAUCCGAGACUCCCUCGUCGGACGUCAAGCCUGUCGAGAGCACCACCUCGCCUGCUGCGGACAACUACCCUCCUUCGCCCUCGGUCAAGACCACUUCCUCCGUCGAGGCGGUUGACGUGACUUCCUCCACCUCUGCCGUUGUGCCCGCUUCUGUGACGCCUUCGCCGUCGCCGUCAGACUCGGAUUACAACGACUACCCCCCUUCGCCCUCGGGAACCACCUCUUCUGUUGAGGCUGUUGACGUGACUUCUUCCAGCUCAGCCGUUGUCCCCGCGUCCGCAACACCCUCCUCGUCGCCUUCAGGCUCGGACUACAACGACUAUCCUCCCUCGCCUUCAGGCACCACCUCUUCUGUCGAAGCUGUCGACGUGACUUCUUCGAGCUCAGCCGUUGUUCCUGCUUCUGUGACGCCCUCAGCUUCGCCUUCCGGUUCUGACUACAACGACUACCCUCCGUCACCUUCAGGCACCACUUCCUCCGUCGAGGCAGUUGACGUCACCUCUUCGAGCUCUGCCGUUGUGCCCGCUUCUGGAACGUCUUCAUCCUCGUCUGUAACACCCACGACUUCUUCCGUCGAGGCGGUCGAUGUCACAUCGUCCACUACGUCAACCCCCGCCCCUGCUACCAGCAGCCCAAGCUCUGCCGCCGCGUCCGCCUCUGAGACAUGCACCGACUCGUCUGUCAAGCCGGUCGAUGUCACCUCUUCCAGCUCUGCCGUCGUGCCCGCUUCUGCAACGCCUUCUCCCUCCAGCACGACCUCGUCCGUCGAGGCUGUUGACGUCACGCCGACUUCGUCGCCGUCCCCGUCGACCCAGAGCACCAGUGCCGUUGUCCACGCCUCGGUGACUCCCUCCUCGGUCGUCCAGGCCGCUUCAUCAGCGACCCCGGCCCCUUCGGCCUCGGACAACUACCCUCCGUCGCCCCAGCCUUCGUCCGUCGUCCCCGUCGACAACUCGCCCACCACGACCCCGGUCCCCACCAACGACAGCUACGGCGACUACCCUCCCGUCCCCGUCCAGUCCUCGGUGCACCCCACCACCGACCAGACCUACCCGCCCUCGCCCGGGGGCUGCGGCGCCGUGCCUCCCGUCGCUAACCCCGUCGCCAAGCCCGCCGUCGACGUCGCCCAGCCCGCCCCUCUCGCCACCACCCAGGCCACCGCCGAGACCCCCAGCGGCGAGGUGUUCACGCCCUCGGCCCCCAGGACCCCGGCCAACUCCGUCCCCGCCGUCAAGAACACCCCGCAGGGCGCCGUCUUUGCCCCGUCGCCCGCCAACAGCCGCAUGGCCAGGCGCGCCGCCAUCCAGGCCCGCACCCUGGGCCUGCUCGAGGGUCUGAUCGGAACCCUCGCUGACGGCGCUGGUGCCGGUGCCGGUGGCAGCUACGGCUCCAGCCCCGCCCCCGCCUCUACUGACGACUACGGCUCAUCCGGCGCCAGCGCCCCGGCCGACACCACCGGCGACUACUCUGGCUCCGCGUCCGGCGCCAGCCUGCCGUCUCUGGACGGCCUCGGUGCCGCCAUCUCCUCCGUCCUGGGCGGCGGCGGCAACGUCGACCCGCUCAAGAGCCUCGGCAGCCUCGGCUCCUACGUGCAGGCGGCCAAGGCUGCCGCCGCUGCUGGCCAGGGCUACACGCCCCAGGCUGCGUCGGCCCCUGCUGACAGCUACGACAGCCAGCCCCAGGCUGCUGCUGCUCCCGCCAUCCCCAAGCUGUCCCUCCCGGUCUUGGGCGGUGGCAGGAGGGUUGCUGGUGCCGCUUACUAA